UUGCAUUGAUGAAACCUCUCAUUUGAUUGACAUCAACAAUUCUUUCGGCUUGAUAUUGAAUUUUUGUUUUUAAUUAGGUAGGUUAGGGAAAAGGGACUAGGGGAAAAUCCAUCCUAGUGAUACUUACUUGAAGUGUCUAUGUUCCAUGUGAAGUUAACAAAUUAUCUUUUUAUGGUAGGAUUUAAUUGGGUAAGACUUAAGAGUUUUGUAAUUUUAAUUUAUCUUUUUUAAUUUUGUUUAUUUUAAUAUUAUUUUUUUGUGUUUUAUAGUUAUUUAUAAAUUAUGGUAAUUAAUUAGUAAUUAUUAGGUAGCACACCUUUUGAGAAAUACCAUAAAUUUUCCAAAGUGACGACAUAAUUUCCGAUUGAACUAAAUUUUGGUACAUGUUUUUCUUGUGAUUUUCUAGAUAUUUUUGCAACAUCUGGCAACACGUCAAAUGUGAUUAUUACCCUAGAUGUAAUUUGAUGUGAUGUGAUUUGAUUUGAUUUGACUACACUUGCUUAAUGACUUCACUUCUUCAAUAUAUUAAACCCUAGACAUUCACUGAACUUGCAUUGCCAGUCUAGUAUUGAUCUUGCUGAUUGUUGUCACACGUACAAUUAGAUAGCAAACCAAAUUCCAUGGCUUUUAUCGCCUCAUUUCCAAGCUUCAAACUUAACCCAUCUCUUAUUUAUCAAAAUAAUAAUAACCCACAAACUAAAACUCUAUGCCCUAAACCCAAACUACCUAUUUUUAAAAACACCAUUUCAAAGCGUGUAAUAAUAACAUCAAAAUCUCCAAUUUCUAUAAGCAAUAAGAGGACAGUACUCGAGGCAGCAGAAAUUCCGAUUCUGAUUCUGGAUUCGGAAUCGGAUUCCCAUAAAAUUUGGUGGUCUAAUGUUGUAGUGAAGAAACCAAAGAAUGUGUUUGCAAAACGGAAAUGGAAUUCUAUAGAUGUUGGGAAUUUAUGUUUGCUCAUAGGGUUGCAUGCAUUGGCUUUGUUUGCACCAUUUACCUUUAGUUGGGGUGCAGUAACAGUGGCUGUAGUGCUAUAUUUACUAACUGGUUGUUUGGGUGUAACACUUUCAUAUCACCGUAAUUUAGCUCAUAAGAGUUUCAAACUACCUAAAUGGCUUGAAUACAUCUUUGCUUAUUGCGGGGUUUUGGCCUUGCAGGGAGAUCCAAUUGGUUGGGUGAGCACACAUCGAUACCAUCAUCAAUUUUGUGAUUCAGAAAAAGAUCCACAUACUCCAAUUAAAGGAUUUUGGUUCAGCCAUGUUAAUUGGGUAUUCGAUACUAAUUCUAUUUUUGAAAAGUGUAUAGAGCCAUCAUCCCUUGAAAAUUCCAAGUCCUUGGUGUCGAAAUUACCUUCAACUAAGGAUCCUCCCUUUUCUCUUUCGUCAUUAUUAGGUCUGCCUCAGUGUGGGGAAACAGUUAAUGUGCAAGACCUAGAGAAUCAACCAUUUUAUAGGUUUAUCAGAAGCACAUAUAUUUUGCAUGGACUUUUAUUUGGAUUGCUUCUUUAUGCUUUUGGAGGAUUUCCAUACCUUGUGUGGGGUUUGGGUGUAAGCAGUGUAUUGUCGCAUCAAUCCACGUUUAUGGUGAACUCUGUGUGUCAUAUAUGGGGAAAUCAAACUUGGAAUACCGGUGAUUUAUCAAAAAAUAAUUGGUGGGUAGCAUUGCUAUCAUUUGGAGAAGGUUGGCACAACAAUCACCAUGCAUUUCCGUACUCAGCCAGGCAUGGUUUAGAGUGGUGGCAAGUUGACAUGACUUGGUAUAUUGUAAAGCUUCUUCAAAUACUUGGUUUAGCCACAGAUGUUAAGGUUCCAAGUAAGGCGCACAAAGAACGCUUAACUCUUAAAAGUGAAGCCAUCUAAGCUUAUGAUGAAAUUAUAUAUAAAGUGUACGUAUGAGACAAACGUACUUUAUAUAUGAAUUAAAUAGUGCAUUUCAUACAUAUUAUGAAAAUAUAGGCUCUUUAUUUGAGGUCGUCUUAACGAGAGGCAAUCUCUCACACAAGAGUAGCUCAAUUCUAUAUAAUCAUGUUUUAUUUGAUGUCAUCAUGCAUGAUUUAAUUUACUAUCACUAUAUUGUCGUAAUGCAAAUUUGUGUAAGUUUAUGUGAAGGAAUUAUUGUAAAUAUUAAUAUAUAAGGGUGUUGAUUUUGAUCAUUAAUUGAGUACUAUGGUGAAUUGUCGUUGAAGGUCAAUUGGUGAAUUAAGUAACGGAGUGCGGAUCCAGAAAUUUAAAAAUGGGAUAGCACACUUUUUUUUAAGUAUGUAUUUCAAAGCAAAAUUAAAUAAAUAAUUUUUUUGCAUUAUAUUAAUCAUUUUAAAGACUAAACUAUAACAAUAAAAAAAUUAAAACUAUUAACAAUCAAACCUAUCAUCACUUAGUAUAACUAUCAUCUAUUUGUAAAUCAAUGGAUACAAAUACAAUACAAAGAAUUAUUGAUACAAUUAUACAAAUACAAUACAAAGAAAUAAGAACUAAAACUAUCAUCUAUUAGUAUCAAAGAAUUAAAAGUCAAAACUAUCAUCAAUUUACCCAAAACCUAAAUGGAUGCAAUCAAUUUACAUCAAUAGAAAAAUUUAACAAUAAUUUACUCAAUUCAUGUAAAGAAUAGAUAGAUUGCCGUAAUUUGACAAUUAGAAAUAGUAGCAAUAAUUUAUAGGGGUUUUCGACAAUUAGCAAAAUUAGCAAAUUCACAGGGGCUUUCAACAAUAAGCAAAAUCAGCAAACUUAGCAAUAAUUUACAGCACAAUUUGAGUAUAAUUUACCCAAAACCUAAUUAAAAAGUUUAGAACUUACUUUAAACCCUAAACAGGGGCUGUCGGACUGUGGCCACUGGAAAAUCUGUGGAGAACUUUUGUCUGUCGAGUCUUCGACCGUCGUGGUGGUGGUUGAUGGUCGUCGACUGUGAAGCGUCGAACGGGAAUUCACAAACAGGAGAAAAUGAAUUGGGUAAUAAUAUGGUUUGGGACUGUGGAGGACUGCAUGUCAAAGCGUCGACUGAUUGGGAUUACGUAGGAUUUGAGAAUUUCUAUAUCAGG